GUCUUAUUCUAUGGCUUUUGUAGUGACAUAGUUUUUCAAUUCCUGUACCGCAUUCGACUUAUAAAAACUGUUUUACUUUGAUCCUUAUCUUGUUCAUUUCUAAAGCCAUCAAUAAUUUUUAUGGGCAUGUUUUUAUUUCUAAUUAACACUUAAAUUUACUAUGACAACACUUAAGUUGUCGCCUCGCCGUUGUCUGAACGCUGACGUCAGUGAUUUUAGUAUUUUACAUUUUCGAAUGGUAAUAGUCUAACAAAUUUAUACACUUAACUCUUUUAUUCGAGGCGACGCGAAAAUAUUGUGGACAUUUAAAAAUGGCAUCAUCACCUGAAGUUAAUUUACCAGAGACCGACAGUCCAGACGCGGGUUCUAGUUUCUUUGAAGAUUAUUCAGUAAAUUUGAUUAUAACUGCGGUAAUUGUCGCUGUGUUGUUGUACAAAAUAUACACGAAGUUCAUAAAGGUUCCUGUCGAGGCGCCGGCGGUCGACUUGCCAAAGCUCCGGAAGGACAUGACAGUGGCAGAACUGCGCCAGUAUGAUGGGCAGCAGGCUGGCAAGAGAGUGCUGGUAGCGGUCAACGGCUGGAUAUUCGACGUGACGCGAGGGCGCCGCUUCUACGGGCCCGGUGGACCAUAUGCAGCAUUUGGAGGAAAGGAUGCAUCCAGAGGUCUAGCGACCUUCUCAGUGACGUCAUCAGACAAGGAGUAUGAUGACCUUAGUGACCUCAACUCAAUGCAGAUGGAGUCUGUUAAGGAGUGGGAGGCACAGUUCAGAGAGAAGUACGACCUGGUGGGGCGGUUGCUGAAGCCAGGCGAGGAGCCUAUAAACUAUUCCGAUGAGGAACCGGAGGAGACUGACACCUCGACGCCGACGCCCGUCGAAGAGAAAAAGGAACUAUAAGACAAUGGACACAAGGCUUUAAACUGUUUGACCACUUGAUCAGGUUUAGGAAACUAUUUUGAAGUGAGUGCUGAUGUAAACCUAACUAUAAUAGACAUGGCCAAUGAGCUUUUGGUUUUCGAAUUAGAAAUCCUUCAGUAACACAGCUUAUAAAUUAUCCGUUCACCGUUGUUACAGGGUACAAUAAUCAAUUAUGAGUAAAGUUUAGCCACUUAAAAUCAGAUUCUUGAAAUACAGCUUAUAACGGGCUUUCAACUGGUAAAUGAAGUUUAAGGAAUUCUUGGUGAAACUGAACGUAUAGAAUUUAAGUUCAACCAUAUUUAAUAACUUAUUUGCCUCUACACAAGGUUCAAAAUCGUGCCCAACUGUUGUACCUACAUUUGUACAAUAGCUGAACUUCUUCAUGGCUGUCAAACAGUUUAAAUCCUGCUCACGGACGUUGAAGCCAUGCGUUUUAAUUCUUGACAUCGGCAGAGAAUACUUAUUUGGUAUAUUGAUCUCAUUCGGGGUCGCUAGGGAGCGAGAGUAAAGCUCUCUGAUGCGAGUGUUGACCCUUUUAACACAGUUUCCAUACCGGUUAUUCGAUGACAAAUGUUUGAAACAGUAAGAUAUUCUGAAAUAUCUCGUAAAUGUCGUUGUAUAACUCGGUUCCAGGGUACGUGUGAAGGGGUGUAGUGUAAACGCGGUAAUGACUUCGACUCGAUAAGAAAUAUGAAAGAUCCCGACCAAAUUUUAUCCUGUUCAAAAUGUAUGUAACUGAGUAAAUAAAUGUAACUAAAUUUAUUGCCAGUGCUAACCACAGAACGGCUGGGCCGAAAAAUAACAAAGAAAGUAUUUUGUACUUGUAUUAUUGCAAUAAAGUAUAAAUUCAAAUGCUCGAAGUAACUUCUGUGGGAAUUCCGUACUUUUAGGAACCAUAAACUGUCGCUGGUGUGUGCUGGUUUUAGUCCAUAAAUAAGUUGAGUAAUUAAAACGCAUAGCUUUAGUGUCCAAACAACACAGCAAGCCUUGGAGAGUGAGUCAGUGGUUUUACUGUAUAUAUGAAAUCUAUUGUAUCAUUUUCACUUAUAACUGUUGCUUAUUGCAGAUUUUUGAAUAUAUUAUUAUAUAUUUACAGUUUCAAGAAUUGAAAGACUGAGUGAUGGCAUAUUAUUUAAACGAAUGAUGUAAAGGAAAUCUAAUCAUUUAUUGCACAUUCCCAACAUUAUUUGGUCAGCAAAUUGUUUUAUUUUGUGCCAACAGAUGUUGAUAACCCUGCGCGUGCGCGGUAUGCCAUUAGUAUUUAAAUUAAUAUUAUAGCCGCGAGCUGCGAGCGGCUUCGAUGAGUUUAUUUAAAAGUUGAUAAAUUAAUUGUUACAACAUAUUGUCGAUCGAACGUCGAAGUAAGUUUUACGAGAUAUGUAAGUUAGCACCUCGCUGGGCUGUCCUAUCGUUUGUAUUGAUAAGCUGUUGUUAUCGCGAUGUUAAACAACAUUCAUGUUAAAUCGAGGUGGACUAUGUUAUGAUGUCCACCUACCUAUUUUAUCCUUCUUGAAUUACUUUUUAUUAUAUGACUUGUUUUAACCGUGCAAGUAUGCACAAUAUGACAAUCUAGCAAUCAUUAAGUUUGAAACAGUAGAAAGAGUCAUAACUUGUCUGAUUAAUUUUAGCCUGCUGCCUUAGUUAGUGGUUGCUAGUGUCAUAUACCUGCCGACGAUGAUAACGACGACUCCGAUCACAACUGGACCCCACCUGCUUUCGGUACUUAUAAAUUAUAUGUAAAUGUGUUGCAAGCGAAGAAAAAAAUACAAAAAUAUAAAAUGUGCAUAAUAUAUGUAAUUAAGGAUCUAAUUAAAGGAAAACUAAUUUGUGGUAAAUUUGUGUGUGUGUUUGUGUUCGGGUUCCUCUGGCUGCGCGAGCCGGUAUUUUAGGCAAAAUCAUUUUGUGUAUAAGCUGUUAGCAUACAUCUUCUGUUAGUCAGUUACGUUAACACAUUUUGCAAACUAUUUUGCGAAAGUACAAAUUAUAUGGUUUGCCUUAAAUAUCUUUAUCGCUUGUAAAUUAUUUUGUCGUAAUCGUACUUGUUUAUUGUUUUUUAACGUUUUGUUUAGUUUUUUUAAGAUCAUCUGAUGUAUGAAUUUUAGUGGAGGGGGUUAUGAUAAUUAUUGUUAUGUCUUUGUAUAAAAAGUACUUUGGGACACUUAAAAUAAGGCUUAUUUUGCUUUGCCUGACACUGAAUCAAUGUAUUAACAAGCUUUUUUGUUCUCACAUUUCGAUGUCUCUAGUUCUAUAUUAACGGCAUAAGUACUUUGUCAAUUAUAACUAAAUAAAUUAUGAAAGGCACGCGCUACUGUGGUAACAGCAAUUUUCAGUACUAAAGCAAAAUAACAAUAUGUUCCAAAGUAUUUUUAACAGAGUUUCGUUUUAAACAUAAACGCUAUACUAUUGAUCAGAAAGUUCACGAAGUUUUUGGAUAAUUCGUUUGAUAUCUUCUCGUAUAAACAACAGAAAUUAAAUUAUAUUAUACCGUUAUAUAAAAUAGUGAAAAUACUAUGCCAUAGCAUAACAUAGAUCUAAAUAAAGAUACCUAGCUGAUAUCUUGAAUGAUUUCAUAAUAUCGAACGGAUUACCCAAAAGCAAACCGAACUUUUUGACCUAAAUAUAUGCUACUUAAAUCUGGAAAGCUUUUAUAAGGCUUAACAGAGCUUUUUGUGAUUAUAAUUCGACAUUGGUUUAGGACGUAUGAAAAUAAAGAACGUGUGUACAGGGCCCCGAAUUUACUAAUUCGUCAAAGCAACGACAUUUUUUGACGUUUAGUAGCUAACAGAUGUAAAAUUCGUCCUCUAUUGAAUUAGAUCCCGGGGCCCGAGGGACUGCUUAUAAACCUGCAAAUAAUGCUAUAUUUUUGUACUAAAUAAAUCGUAUUUACUACCCAUUAAAUUAAUGUAUUUACCUGUAAAUGAAUUUGAAAUUUUAAUAAAGAUAUGUACAGGCGGGAUAGUCCAAAAUUAUAACGAUAUAACUUGAAAACUAUUAUUAGUGGUGCCAUCUAUCCGAAUCAAUUUAGUUUUAGGCUCAUCCGCUUCGCGGCUAUCGGUUUGGACUAAAAACAAAUACACGGUUUAUAAACAGUCUUAGUUUAAAUUAUGUACUGCCUUUAGGCCUAAGUGAUGACAGAGGCAUGUUGCUAUCAACAUUGGCAUACUUAUGAUCUCCCUGAAGACUGCUCACCUGUUCCACAUGCCCCUUGAACGGUGUUAGCAACACCUUGGUAACUUCCGCAUCUAUAGGCCUUAUUUUAAGAUUGGGUGUCAUUUCAAGAAAUGAACAAUCCGUCGUCUUUAAAUUAAUAAUUUGUAAGAAUAUAAAAAUAUAUAAAUGUCAGAGUUAUAUUAUAACGAGGAAGUGAUAUUGUAAACACAAUAGAUUUUGUGAGUAAUAUAAAUCUUUGUGUCGAUGGAAUAGUUCCCUAUAUCUUUUUAAAGUAAAUGUGAAGUAUGUGGAUGUACAGCUCUUCAAGAUGUUAUUAACUAAAAAAACCUAAAAAAAGUUUAAUUUAACUUUGUCACAUGAAUUUAAUUAAAGCGUUUUACAUAA